AAUCCAGUUUCAGCCGGCUAACAGAAUAAGUACUCUUAGCAAACUUCUAAGACUUUUCUUCCCCACACCACCUUCCUCCUCAAACCCUCGAUCACAUAGAGUUCAUAGACAAUACCUAUGUCUCCUCUUUGUCUCCUGUCCCCCAGCUCUCUAUAAUACACCACUUCUCUCUUUUUCAUACUCCAUAUCAGAAAACGUACUAAUGGAAUCUCAAUCUAACCAUCGUCACGAUGAAGAAGAUUCGAAGAGCUCUAGCGAUGAACAAGCCGAGGAUCUCAACGAUGACUUGGGAACAGGGCGGUCAUAUGAGUGUGUGUUUUGCAAGAGAGGAUUCACAACAGCACAGGCCUUGGGUGGACACAUGAAUAUUCACCGCAAGGAGAGAGCCAAGCCGAGGCCUACUUCUGCUCCUACUUCAAUUGCAAGCAAAGCAGCUGAUGAACACGUGAGUGAUCUCAUGAGAUCCUACCGUUCGUUGCAAAGCUACACGGGUCCACAUUUUGCCACAGCUCCGGACGUGGAUGUGAAUUACCGGACGUAUAUUCCGGCGCCUACGUGGAUUGUGGGACAAGCUCACAGUGAUCAUGAGGAGUUAUGUGCGAGGAAUUAUCAGCUACGGCAUCAGAAUUUGUUUGCUACAGAUGAUGAUUGUCCGAAUUGGAGAUCGGGGAGUGGUCUGAGCUUGGGAAUUGGGCCAUCAGCUCAUGAUGAUGAUGAUGAGGAUCAUGUAGGUCAUGAUCAUCAUAAAAAAGAAAUUGAACGAAUUAAUGGUGCCUGCAGUAGUGAAGGGGAUGGAUUGGAUUUGGAGCUUCGACUCGGUCAUGAUCCUUAGUAUUUUAGUUUAUUUAUUUUACCCAAUAUUGGAGAGUUCAUGAUAUAUAUUUUGUUAAUUCAUAUACUUCUUUUCUGUUGUUGUACAGUGUUAAAUUCUGUACAUUCUGUUCAUGUUAUUUGUCUAAUUUUGUGGGGAAAGAAGAGAAGUUAUUAGAAAAUCUCAUUCCCAAUUAUUAUGAACAGUACUGUGUGUUUUCAAGUCUUCUUUCAUGGCGAUUUUACUAGCUAAGAUAAUUUGAAGGCAGGAAUUGAAGGAGGGAAUGAAGAAGAUCGAAUAAAUAUCUGUGCUAGCUUCCACUUCGGUGAGGAAUUUACAAAUUCAGAAGGUACUUUGCUUCAUCCAUGUAAACGUAGC